AUGCCCAACACUCGGCGUGUGCCCGUUCGUACGGAGAACCAGGAUGGUCCGUGGACGGUCAGUGUCGCCGAGACGCCCCAUGAACCCAACUCGUACAGCAUAUACAUUAAGACGCCUACGCAUAAUAUCACCCUCACCCGCGCUGCACAAGAGAUCCUCGAGAUGCAUGGCAAGCUGCGCGAGUCCCAUCCCGGCUACAAAAUGCCCUCCCUCCCCAUCGACGCCGCCGCCAUCCCCCAGCCUCCCAAACGCAAAUCCGCUUUCCUUAAUACCCUCUCGCGCCUCGCUUCCCCGGCAUCGAAGGCGGGCCAACGCUCCGCGUCUGGGCGCCACACCUCGGGUACGAGCUCAGCGUCGAGCGCCCUCCCCACCCCGCUCGCGUCGCCCAAAGCCGAGAUCAACGACCCGUUCUCGGAGGCGGACGACGAGGACGACCUCCAGCCGCCCAUCCCGCCCGCGAACAGCGCGAUCACCGCGCUCGCCGCGUACCUGACGUCCGUCGCGAACGACGCCGUCCUGCGCCAGUCCCGCGUCUGGAAGCGCUUCAACAGGGUCCGCACCGACGACCUGCAGAGCGUCCGCACCGAGCGCGCCAUCAAGCGCGUUAGGUCCGACAUCGCCGCGCACGUCAGCCCUGGCAGCUCGACCGACGUGCGUCAGUCUAUCGGCCAGGUCGUCAACGAAGACGAGGCGAAACCAAAGACCAACGGCGUGCAUGCGCCCGAGAAGACGUCUGCAGUGCAGGAAGACAUCACUGAGGAGGACGAGGGCGCUGCCGAGUCGACCCCUCCCGCUGAAGCGCCAGCCAAAGAUACGACGAAGUCUGAGGCGGCCGGCGAAGGUGCCGAGGACGGCGUAGAGACGGAGCAGGACCGCGCCCCGACGCCACGCUCGCCGAAGCCGUCCUCGGCCACCGCCGACAGCUCAGCGGAUGGCACCGACGUCGGCGAAGACGCGGAGGUGCCGUCGACGCCGCAGGGGCAGGACGGCCCAGCGCACCGCAUCCCGCGCUCGCAGUCCGCCGACCCGAUGUCGCGCGCGUCCCGCGUGUACCUCGCCUCGCCGCUCGGGAGCGAGACCGCGUCCUCGCGCACGUCGCAGACGGGCGAGUCCGCGGACGACUCGUCGAUCUCGACGACGGGGCGGACGUCCGCGCGGAAGAAGCGCUCGAAGAGCAUGGACCCGAACUCGGUCGGCAAGAAGAGCCAGCGGAAGGUGGUCGUCGACGACUUUGAGAUGAUGCGCGUGCUCGGGAAGGGCUGCGCGGGCAAGGUGCUGCUCGUGCGCCACAAGCCGACGCUGGACGUGUUCGCGCUGAAGGCGAUCACGAAGCGGCAUGUGCUCGCGCACCAGGAGCUGCAGCAUACGUUGACGGAGCAGGCGGUCCUGAAGAGAAUGGCCGCGGAGGGCUCUGAUCCGUUUGUGGUCAAGCUCUGGUGGAGCUUCCACGAUAAGGAGAACCUCUUCUUGGUUAUGGACUUCCAUCCCGGUGGCGACUUGGCUACGCAAUUGGCCCGCUGGGGACGUCUUGGGCGCGAUCGCGCGAGGUUCUACGCAGCCGAAAUCGUCGAGGGCGUCGAGGGCCUGCACGCCGCCGGUGUGAUCUACCGAGACCUGAAGCCCGAGAACAUCCUCAUCGCCGCCGACGGCCACAUCGUUCUCACCGACUUCGGUCUCUCAAAAGAAUUCCCGCGCAGGAACUCACCGCUCACCGCGCCGUCCACGCCCUCCGGCUUCCGGGGCGACUUCACUGCGGGCACGCCGACGGCUGCCACCCCGCACUGGAUGAAGAGCGAGGCCGGCAAGGACUGGGCGCCCCCCGCGGCGCUCGACACCACGUCGACGUUCUGCGGUACGGCGGAGUACCUCGCGCCGGAGGUCAUCCAAGGCCAGCAGUACAGCUACGAGGUUGACUGGUGGAGCUUCGGCACAAUGCUAUACGAGAUGCUGACCGGAAUCACGCCGUUCUGGGCGAACAACCACUCCGACAUGUACUACAGGGUAUUGCAGGACGAGCUGCAGUUCCCCGAGGACAGGACGAUGGAUCAGGACACUAAGAGUCUCAUCCGGGGUCUGCUGCAACGCAAUCCUGCCUUGCGGAUGAAGGAACCACGGAUCAAGAAGCACCCCUACUUCUCCAUGAUAGACUGGUCGCAUGUGUAUUAUAAACGCUACAUACCCCCCUAUAUUCCGCCGAUCGACCCAUCCAACGCCAGCGAUACCCAGAACUUCGACGAGACCUUCCUGGACAUGGAGCCUGUAAUCAAGGACGACGACGAGCAGAUUGACACGGACCAGGAAGGCCAGACGGACGCUGAGCGCACCGACGGCGAGGAUGGGGCCGUUACGCCCUCGCAGUCGCGGAGUCCCUCGGUGCACCCCGAGGAGGACGGGAUCGACGUGUUCGACGGCUACUCGUUCAAGGGCAGGCAUUCCAUCAUCAUGGACGAGGAGGAUGAGGAGGAAGACGAGGACGAGGACGAAGAGGACGAGGAAGCCUCCGUCACUGGGCCCAGUAUCGACAGUGUGCUUCUUGACGAACAGGCUUCUGAGGGAGCUGCUGUCGGUGCAGAGGUCGCAGAUCAGACGGCGGCUGCUGCAGCUGAAGUGGCCGAGCCAAAGACACCGGAAGCGCGUCCAGCGAUGCUGCCAGAGCCCGCAGCACCUCCGAGUCCUUCGAGGGAACAGGCGACGAAGAAGACCGUCCCUCGGCGCAGUCACGAAGUGCAGAUCUCGGAAGCUGCAAAGGCCGAGGCGGCCACUGCCGACGAGGCAAGGGCGGCGAAGGCUGCCUCGAAGCGGCAAAGCGUGCAACGGCAGCGGGGGCGCAGAGAGAAGUCUGGCAUCCCGGCCUUGGACCGCGACCUCUCCGACGCACACGACGAGGAUACGGAACGCGAAGAGGACGACGACUGGGACUUCGUCGAGGCGGACGUCAACGUCGAGGAGCGCAAUGGUGCAAAGGGCACGAGUCUGUUCGCUCGGGGCGUGGUCGACCGGUAUAAGCUGGCGGUGUUCCGCAAGUCGACGCCGCGCAGACCUGCCGGUCCCCGGUCUUUCUCUGGCAUGUCCACGGAGUCCGACCUUGCCAGUCCGGAGGGCGCGUCUCCUACGCCUUCCGACAAACAAAGGCGGGGGCGCAGUGCGGGGCUUACCUUCCGCAAGCAUCCCCGGCAGUUCCUUCGCCAGAGGUCGCCGCCAGCAACGACUCGAUCGAGUCCGAGUGGCAAGACACUCAAUUCCUCAAACUCGGCGACUCUGUCGGCUGCAUCGACGAACUCUACUGGAGGGCUGUUGACUCCGUCACCGUCUGGCGGUAGCACGGUCCCUGGCACCCCGUCAUUAAGGUCGAAGGAGUCUGCAAUGUCUAUGGGGUCCCCGAGUGACUCGUCCGACCCUUCCAUGGACGAGGCAAAUCACUUGGGCGAUCAUACGAUCCGAGGCAACGCCGCGGUGGAUGAGGACAAGCAGAAGAGCAAGGUCUUGAAGAAGUACAAGGAAGCAGGGGAGAAGGUGCUGUCCAUCUUCCAAUCGCCGCGGGAGCCUCACCGGUAG